AUGUCACUCUGGCAACAAUGGGAUUCUGUUAUUAACAAUUGGGACCAGUACUCUAAAAAGAAAUCACAAGUUGCCGACCUCAUCAAACGAGGAAUUCCGGAUGAGUUCCGUCCUGUAGUAUGGCAACUCUAUACUGGUGCCCAUGACUCGCCGUUAAAGAGUGCUUACCACAAAUACUUAAAGGAAACCUCCCCCUUUGAAAGAGCGAUUCGUCGAGACGUCUCGAGGACCUACCCGAAACAUGACUUCUUCAAGGACAAGGUAAGUCACUCUUAUCAAAAGCUACACUUAAGUACCUACGUGCAUGUCUGA